CGUGUCACAACUUGUUUGCGGAUCCCAAAUAACAUUCCCAACGCUGAAGAUGAGCGGUCUCCUAAGCAUCUUUAUUUUAAUACGGUAUACCCCCUCCUGACUGCUUGAACAAAUAGGGAGCGACUGGUAAAGAGUCUCCACAUCCGAUCCAACAUCUUACAAACUAGAACAAAGCGGCUGAGAGAUUUCUAUCUGUUUCGAUCUGAAUUACAUAAUGCACAUUUGCGAGGAGAGAGAAUCCAGGACUGUUUAUGCUAAAAGCAAAGCGCCUUUGUUCAGGUGUCUAAAGCUUCUGAGUUGAGGCUCUCACAGGUUUCUGGCUCAUCUGCGGCUACAUCAUUUUUGACAAUAGCUACUGUUUGCAGUUUCUGAAGAUUUUGCACUGCUACACAACAGGUAGAAUUUAUUCGAAUUUUCCUCGAAUUUCCCGAGUACUAAAACUGAUAAUCGUUCUGUCCGUUAAGUGGGCGUGAGUGCAUUUGUUUAGGAAAUGUGACUUUUGAACGUAGAAUCAGACCUCCAGGUAUCCGGACAGACUCGUUUUUUUCUCAGAACCACGGAUAGCUCCUAACACUCGGCUCAGCUGCACGCGGUUCAAACUUCAGGCAGCUUCGCUCUCGACUCCUUCAUUCAUUCAUUCAUUCAUCUCCACUGUAGUUUACAUGCAUGCUUGUUUAAAGCUUAACAACUCAACAGUGCUGCACAGGAUAUGCAUUGGGUUUUCACUAUCCAUUCCUCCCACGGCAGCGCUGGAAACUGAAGAACCCUGUUCAGGCUUUAAUCUACAAAAACUCUGAGGAGGAGGAGAAGGACGAAGAGGAUGGGGCUGAUGCUGUAAAUGGCCUCUGUCAGAAUAAAAACUCUGGUGCUGUGAGAUCUGGUUCUCCUGCGCCUCACUGUUCUUUUCUCCAGAGCCUCCGUCAUCAAAAGCCAACCAGAUACUCACCAGAACCAUAAGCAGGACAGUGACCUUGUCUUGUCCAGGGAUAUGUCAUCAGGGAAAUCCCCUGUGUUAGGGGUGCGCCCUGUGCCCCGACCCCACUGGCUUUCCCACCUCAGCCUGCUGUGCUUAUAUGUGUCUCUAUUGGCCCAGGCCGCCCAGGGCUUGCCUGUGGUGGGUUAUACCACUGACUCCAAGAGGGAGAUCACAUUGGACGGGGAUUUGAUGAUUGGCGGGCUGUUCCCUGUGCACCAGAAGGGUGAGGGAGCAGAGGACUGUGGGAAGAUCAAUGCUCAGAGAGGGAUCCAGAGAUUGGAGGCCAUGCUGCUGGCACUGGAUGAAAUCAACAAGGAUGACCGCAUCCUGCCUGGAAUCAAACUGGGAGCUCAUAUAUUGGACACUUGCUCUAAAGACACCUACGCUCUCGAGCAGUCUCUGGAGUUUGUCAGGGCCUCCCUCACCAAAGUGGAUGACAGUGAGUACACAUGCCCCGACGGCUCCUAUGCCAUCCAUGAUGACGUACCUCUGGCCAUAUCCGGGGUCAUAGGAGGCUCCUACAGUGAUGUCUCCAUUCAGGUGGCCAACCUGCUGCGCCUCUUCCAAAUCCCUCAGAUCAGCUAUGCCUCCACCAGUGCCAAGCUCAGCGACAAGACCCGCUAUGACUUCUUUGCCCGAACCGUGCCCCCUGACUUCUACCAGGCCAAGGCCAUGGCAGAGAUCCUGCGUUACUUCAACUGGACGUAUGUAUCCACCGUGGCAUCAGAAGGUGACUAUGGUGAGACUGGCAUUGACGCCUUCCAGCAGGAGGCUCGUGCCCGCCAGAUCUGCAUUGCCACGUCGGCCAAGGUGAGCCGCUCCAUGAGCCGCUGGAGCUACGAGAAUGUGAUCCGCUCCCUGCAGCAGAAGUCCAAUGCCAAGGUGGUGAUCCUGUUCACACGCAGCGAGGACGCCCGCGAGCUCUUGGUGGCAGCCAACCGCAUGAACGUCAGCUUCACCUGGGUGGCCAGUGAUGGCUGGGGAGCACAGGAGAGUGUGGUGAGGGGCAGUGAAGCUGUUGCCGACGGGGCGUUCACCAUCGAGCUGGCUUCCUAUGGCAUCCCCCAGUUCAAUGACUACUUCACUGCCCUGCACCCGUACAACAACACCAGGAAUCCCUGGUUCAGAGAGUUUUGGGAAAACCAGUUCCAAUGCAGCCUCCAUGACCUUGGCUGUGGGAAGCACUCACUCAGCGAGACACCGUUUCAGCCAGAAUCCAAGAUCAUGUUCGUAGUGAAUGCUGUCUAUGCAAUGGCUACUGCCUUACAUAACAUGAGGCAGGCCUUGUGCCCCAACUCCACCAAGGUGUGUGAGGCUCUUAAACCUGGCAACGGCAGGAAGUUUUACAGGGACUACAUUCUCAAGGUCAAGUUUGAAGCGCCAUUUCGUCCACCAGACACAGAGAAUGUGGUCCGCUUUGACACCUUUGGGGACAGUCUCGGUCGUUACAACAUUUUCCACUACCACAAAGAAGAUGGCAACUAUGUGUACCGUAAAGUAGGCUACUGGGCUCAGAGCCUGACCCUGAACACCAGCCUGAUCCCCUGGGCCAGCCAGGUUGUGCCCACUUCCCAGUGCAGUGACCCCUGCAGGAAGAACGAGGUGAAGAGUAUGCAGCCUGGAGAUGUGUGCUGCUGGAUCUGUAUCCCCUGUCAGCCCUACCAGUAUUUGCAGGAUGAGUUCACCUGUGCUGAGUGCAGAUUUGGACAGUGGCCUCUGAGCAACCUGACAGGCUGUUAUGAUCUGCCUGAGGAGUACAUCCGCUGGGAAGAUGCCUGGGCCAUUGGACCCGUCACCAUUUCCUUUCUAGGGAUGAUGUGUACGCUCUUCGUCAUUGGUCUUUUGCUUAAACACAAUGAGACACCUGUGGUGAAGGCCAGUGGCCGUGAGCUCUCCUACAUUCUUCUGCUGGGAGUGUUGAUGUGUUAUUGCAUGACCUUCAUCUACAUAGCCAAACCAUCCACGGCAGUUUGUACACUGCGUCGGCUCGGCUUAGGCACUUCAUUUGCUGUGUGCUACUCAGCCCUCCUGACCAAGACCAAUCGCAUUGCCCGGAUCUUCAGCGGGGUGAAGGAUGGAGCGCAGCGGCCUCGAUUUAUCAGCCCGGCCUCCCAGGUUGCCAUCUGCGGUGCUUUGAUCUCCUGCCAGCUGGUAGUAGUGGUAUUCUGGCUUCUGGUGGAGAGCCCAGGGGUGAGAAAGGAAGUAAGCCCGGAGAGGAGAGACGUGGUGACCCUUAAGUGUAACAGCAAGGACUCCAGCAUGCUCCUGUCUCUCACCUACAACUGCAUCCUCAUUAUCCUCUGCACGGUCUACGCCUUCAAGACCCGAAAAUGCCCCGAGAACUUCAAUGAGGCCAAGUUCAUCGGGUUCACCAUGUACACCACCUGCAUCAUCUGGCUGGCUUUCCAGCCUAUUUUCUACGUUACUGCAAGUGACUACAGGGUGCAGACAACCACCAUGUGUAUCUCUGUCAGUCUGAGUGGGUCGGUGGUGCUGGGCUGCCUCUUCGCUCCCAAAGUCCACAUCAUCUUGUUCCAGCCACAGAAGAAUGUCAGCUCUCUCAGAGUGGCCACCACCCGCUUCAGCGUCACCACUGGCCAAGGCUCCAGUUUCUCUCAAGCAUCAGCCUCCAAUGUUGUUCCUACUGUGUGUAACGGACGAGAAGUGGUGGACUCAACAACGUCUUCCUUGUGAAGAUCAACAGAGUUCCUUUGCCAAGCAUUGUAAAGAGUUAUAUAAUCACUAGUCCUGAAUCAGGUGUCUCAAAUAUUAAAGAGGUCAUACAGACGAUCGUCCUGACUUUUUUGUCCUCAAAGUGCUGUGAGUACAAUGUCCUGAUUAUUUUUAUUUUGUUCUUUGACUCGUAGCAAUUGAAAUGAGAUGCCAAUAACGUCUAUAUAUAUAGCCCUUGUUUUUAUUGAAGAUUCUACUUGCAACAAUGGAGUAAAUUAUAGUAAAUCUGUUAAAUGUAAUAUAUACAAGACGUUUUUAAUGUAGAUUUUGGUGUACCAG